CUCCGAACAACUUAUCUUUCGACAACUUUCAAUCGCUGAUACUCUGUUGAGACUCUACGACAGUCUUGACAGCCUUUCUCAGCACCGACAGACAAGAUGAAGUUGAACGUUUCCUACCCGGCCAAUGGCUCGCAGAAGCUCAUUGAGGUCGAAGAUGAGCGCAAGCUCCGUGUCUUCAUGGACAAGCGCAUGGGCAACGAAGUCCCAGCCGAUAGCCUUGGUGAUGAGUGGAAGGGAUACAUUGUCCGCAUCACUGGCGGCAAUGACAAGCAAGGCUUUCCCAUGAAGCAGGGUGUGGUACGUACUCUACCUACACCUCCCUGUGGCUGAAAGCGCCAGCAAAACGACCUUGAAAAACAUUUUGCUGAGACUUGUCUACUCUAGAUGCUUCCUACCCGUGUCCAACUUCUCCUGUCCGAAGGCCACUCCUGCUACCGACCUCGCCGAACUGGUGAACGCAAGCGCAAGUCAGUCCGUGGCUGCAUUGUUGCUCAAGAUCUGUCUGUUCUGGCUUUGUCCAUCGUCAAGCAAGGCGAGGGCGAUAUCCCUGGUCUGACCGAUGUUGUCAACCCCAAGCGACUGGGUCCCAAGCGCGCCACCAAGAUCCGACGAUUCUUUGGUUUGACCAAGCAAGACGAUGUCCGCAAAUUCGUUAUCCGCCGAGAGGUCGUCCCCAAGAAGGAGGGUGCUAAGCCCUACACCAAGGCCCCUAAGAUCCAGAGACUCGUCACUCCCCAGCGUAUGCAACACAAGAGACACCGAAUUGCCCUGAAGAGAAGACGCGCCGAGGCAUCCAAGGAUGCUGCCAAUGAGUACGCUCAGCUCUUGGCCAAGCGCGUGCACGAGGAACGUGAGAAGAGAACCGAGCUCCGAAAGCGUCGUGCCUCCUCAAUGAGAAAGUAAUUCGAAUGGACGGGUUUUCCGACGCGAUCGCGACAUGUAAUGCCAUGAAGAUGAAAUCAAAAGUGACCUAGACGCAAGACAAGUCAGGGAGCAAUUGAUACAGUCGCGAGAAUGAGUGGAUAAGGGAUCGUGCAGAAUGGAACCACUUAUCCAACAACGUACAUGGUGUACGUAGCGUUGAGACUGGAUAACUGCAGGAAUUUGCAUCACAUGCAACUGUGUCACAACGCCAUUCGAUAGCACCAAGCAAACACUCGGCGUUGUGCGCCUUGCAGGGUUGCCAGCAGGGAUAGCAAGACAAAUAUCAUACCAUGUUGCUGAAUUGGGCUGACUUCAGCCUUUCUUUCAGUAUUUCUGUAUAUCAUCGUUGCCGCCAACCUCAACUAGGUAAUCAUCUCGUCCAUUUCUU